CAGUGCAUUGUGGGCGCAGUCCGUUGUUCAUUUGCCAUUCGACCUCAGUGAGGGCCGUGCGGGGAUACGCGUCCCUGGGCGCCAUCUAUUACACAUACCGUCUACCCGUGCACACUGAAGCGCGUCGCUAGUUUUGCUUGUUUAUGAUCCGGGGUUUGGGGGUGAUCUAGCGGCCUGCCUGUGACCAGUUUCCAGAGGCCCCCACAAAGGAACAGACUAAGUAAAGAUAGUAGCCUGUAAAGAAGGGUGACAAGCGACAUCGCGUGGAUUACAGCUAAGCGGCCCGGCUGGAGGUCGCGCGCACCGGCAGGUGUGGAGGAGGAGGGGUGGACGGUUGUGACUAAGAGGAGGGGGGAGAAAACAAAUCGUUAACAUGGCGGAGAUUAACCGUAGGACCUUGGCCUUCCGAGGAGGUGGCGGCCUGUCCGCUGCGGGUGCCCCCGUUAACAAUAACAACAACAAUGGCGUCGGUUCGGGUUUGCUGUCAGUGGAGGAGGCCACUGCCUGGUCUCUGAGGCACCUGAAUGGGGGAAGCAGCGGAGGAGGAGCGGUGGGAGACGAUGAGGAGGUGGAAGUGGAAUUAGAGGCCGAGGGCCUGCUGGACGAGGAGGAGGAAGAGGCCUACCCCGGAGUGAUGCUGGGGAGCCGGGGAGAGCCCCGGCCUGGAACAGGGACGGUUGCGGCCUCCAUGAGUGCAGAGAGCAGCGACGAAGAGGAGGAAGAAGAGGAGGAGGAAGAUGAGGAGGCGGCAGCCGUCCAGGGACACCGAGGGGAAAGAGCCGCUGCUGGUGAGCCUACAGUAGUGGAGGAAGACAAUUCAGGGCAAGGAGAUGGCUCUCGUCGCUUUGGCCUCAUACCCUCUGCUCGCUCUCAGUCUCUAUUGCCGAACCUGCACUGCUCCUUUCAGGGAUCGUGGCUGCACGAGUUCCCCUGGCUGCGCUUCUGCCAGGAGACCGGGCUCAUGUCCUGCACUUGGUGCCAGAAGGAAGCGACAAACCAGAACCCCUCUGUCGGCCACGACGAACUUGUCAAGGGUACAAGGAACUACAAAAGGGCCCUGUUGCUCAGGCACCACUUGUCUACAGAGCACCGGAACAACGACCCUGCUGCCCAGGAGCCAGAAGUAAAACCGGGAACUGCAGAGUCGUAUGUUGAUUACAGUACUAAACCAAAUGAGAAUUCAUAUUGCUAUCAGCUUCUUCAAGAACUGAACAAUCAGAGGAAGAAAGGGAUUCUUUGUGAUGUCAAUAUAGUGGUAAAUGGCAAGGUUUUUAGAGCUCAUAAGAAUAUUUUGGUUGCUGGCAGCCGUUUUUUUAAAACCUUGUACUGUUUUACAAACAAAGAAAGUCGUGACCAAACCACUGUAACUUAUUUAGAUGUUGUUGCUGUUCAUGGAUUUUCAGUUAUCUUAGACUUCAUGUACUCUGGCAAUCUUGUUCUCACCAGCCAAAAUGCAAUUGAAGUGAUGACUGUGGCUAGCUAUCUUCAGAUGACAGAAGUUGUACAGUCGUGUCGAAACUUUAUCAAAGAUGCCUUGAAUAUCAGUAUAAAAUCAGAAGCCCCAGAGACUGUUGUGGUGAACUAUAAUAAAAGAAAAGGCAAAGAUGGACAUCCACCCCGGGAUCAGAAAACUGCUAGCUUCUGGGCAACCCGCAAUCUCACAAACUUGGCGAGUAAUGUGAAGCCAGACUCUGAAGGCUUUAAUUUAGAGGAUGCUCCAACUGAAAACUACCAAUCCAAUGAUUCUACUUGGAUUCAGGAUAGCUCCCCUGAAGUGACAGAAAUUGAGCCCCAGGCUCAGGGAAAGGUGUUUGUAUGGAAUGACAUGGGGUUCAGUCAAGCUGCCGUGUCAGAGCAAGGAAAAGCAAGGAGGAAAAACCAAACAACAAAAAGAUAUGUUUAUAAUCUCCCUCAGAAUAAUGAACUUCAGAUAGAUGGUAACGCCAUGCCCCCACAACAAGUAGCUUAUCCAGAGGAGGAUCUGCAGUGCUUCCAAGAUGCAGCAGGGACAUCAAACGAAUUUAAGUUUGGUAUGUUACCUGAAACGUGGCCAAGGGAAUCUUGGGAGAAUGGAGAUGCAUCUGGAGGGCUAAUGAACAAGUUAAAGUGCCCACAUUGUAAUUAUGUAGCAAAAUACAGGAGAACACUAAAAAGACACUUGCUCAUUCAUACAGGAGUGAGAUCUUUUAGUUGCGACAUCUGUGGAAAGCUGUUUACCAGAAGAGAACAUGUGAAAAGGCAUUCCUUAGUCCAUAAAAAGGAUAAGAAAUAUAAGUGCAUGGUGUGUAAGAAGAUCUUCAUGCUAGCAGCCAGUGUAGGAAUUAGACAUGGUUCUCGACGUUAUGGAGUUUGUGUAGACUGUGUAGAUAAAUCACAAACAGGGCUACAAGAAUCUGGUGUUGAACAAGUACCAGAUGCAGAUUUCCCAAGGGAUGAAGAGUAUGAUGAUAAUGAUCUUGUGGAGACAGUGGAUGCAGAUGAUGAACCAGGAGAAGAUGGUGAAGACCAGAAUGAUAAUUCUCGGUGGUCAGAGCAAAAUGAUCCAUCCUGCUGGGGAGAACAGAAUGAUGCAUCCCAGUGGGAGCGGCAGAAACCUCAGUCUCGAUGGGAUGAGUCAGGAGAUGUUUGUAUGACCAUAGAUGACUGACUGCCAACAGGCAUUUAAACUUAAAGGUGCUGCAGCUGGACAGAAUUAUACAAUUGUUGAUUGAAACAUUUUGGGCUGAAGGCUUGAAAAACACGGUACCGUGCUGGACUAGAGAUGUUGCUGUGAAAACUGUAGGGUAAAAGGCCUUAUAGCAAAAAUGUUUUGUUAUUUUGUGUUUGUUUUUAUAUUUGCACAGGACUGUACAGAAUCCAACCAUUUGGUUGACUUAUACAGAGUCCUCACAUCUCCAAUCAGUUAUCAAAGAAAUAAAAUGUAUUUUAUUUAUAGGAUAUAGCUAUGUUUGGUCCUAUCAGAGCAUAAAACUACUAUUGUAAUGUUAUUUGAUGUAUCAAUUAAGUUUGAUAGAAUGCAAAGAAGAUAAUGAAUCAAAGUAUGAAUGUGAUGUAAUCCUACAGUGCUUGAGUCGUCAAAUACAUUUGUUUGUGUAUGCGUUGCUGCCCCUCUAACAUAGUAAGAGUUAAACUGCCCCAGCCAAAUUCUUUUAAGCUCAGAUGUAGGCCUAUAUUUAUAACGACACAGGCAAGUUUUUGUUUAGAAAGAUAAGUCUGACUGUAUGAGAGCAAAGCUAGCUUGCAUCAUAUUUUUUCUUAUGCAGAGCUCUGUAACAUUUUGAAAUGAUUUAUUGUAUCCUUUCAACUUUUUUUUUAUAAUUAUUUAAAUUAUUUUAUUGUUAAUCAAGUUUAAGGCCAUUUCUGUGUAUACUGCUCCACGUUCCUGAAGAUCAGGUCAUGUAGGUUGUUCAUCUUUAAUUGCAUGUAUUGGUGAUGAUGUGAGCUAGUAAAAGAUUGAAAUAGAGCCAAAAUAGGUAACUUGUGAAGCAUUGUUCUGUAUUUUAUUAAUAGGAGUGGUGGGCAAGUUAUUCUAAGCCACAACACUGGUAUUGGGUUCAAUAAGAGAUCCCAAUUUCUGCUGCUUUUAAAUCAUAUUAAUUUGUAUGAUCAGUGAUAUCAGAAUGUAACUGUGUAGUCCUUUCUCAUAGGCUCUCACAUAGCGUGAAUACGGUGGUUUAGAUUGGAUUAUUAACAAUGGUUAUUAUGUUCUUGAUUCAGUGUUUGCCACUUGUUGACAUACUGACACUUGGGAACUACAGAGACAUUUUCCUCCUUUGCUUUCCUUUUAUGUUUCAUUGUAUAAAUGGUAAAUAUAUACAUUUCUAAAUGACUAUCUUUAGUAACAAAAAUGUUUCCUCAAUAACUACACAUGAAACUACCACACAGCUCACAUUUAAUAGUUGUGUACAAGAGAAGUGUCCCAGCCCUUUGUGGAUUGAUAUGUAUUUUACUUUUAUAUUUUUCUGGUCUUCUAAAAAUCAGUUUUGUAGAAAUUUCAGGCACUUUCUGCAUAAAGAUACCAUUUAAGGUAUCAAGUUUAUGUGGAGCAUUGUUUUUGUUUCUUUAAAUUGCUAUUAAACAUUUUAUACUAUAUUCUACACCAGAUUAAAAAGAGCAGCACACUGCAGUAACACAGAGCUUAGGUCAGCAUAAAGUCCUCAUGCUCUCAGCUUUGUAUAUUCUGUUUUUAUUUUUAUCAAGCUGAAACUAAGUUUUUAUAGCUGUUUUGGAGUUUUUAGUGUGUAAACUACUGGGUAACUUAAGUCCAGAAAUCUUUAUGAUAUCAAUGCUUGAUGUCCUUACCCUCUAUCAAUAUAAUUUAAUGUCAGAUUACACAGUCAUAUUCUCUUGUGGUCUAAUUCAAAGCUUGAUAAAUCUAAGAAGCCAGAUUUCCUGACUCCUAAAAAAAAAUGUAGCAGGCUCCUAAAUUCAUAAAUUUUCAAGCCCUAAGUAUAGGCAUUUUUUAUUUUUUUAUUUUUUUGUGAAACAUGGCAUUAGCUAUUUAUUUAGGAAGACAACAAGGCCUUUCAAAUAUACACCUCUUGUCACUGUGUUAAACAUUUCUUUUUACAUGCAUUCUUCAAAAGGUAAGGUUGUAGAGAUUGCAUGUUGUCUGCACAUUUUUCUGGUACAGAUAUGUUUAGCUUUUUCUUUCAGAAGCUAAAUUACAAUUCAUGUAACUAAAACACUGCUGUACAGUAAGUUUUAGUGACCAUAAUCAUGUCAAUUUGCUUUGCAAAAUCACUACUGCUUUAAAAAAUAUAUAUAAUCACUAAACACUUUUGCUGCAAUAAUUGCCUUUCAUCCAAAUAUGGCAGUCUCAUGUCCUUUCCAUACUUUGUGAAAACAAAAAUGUCUUUGUCAUGCUGAGAAUACCUCCUUUUAACUUAAAAAGAGUAAUGUAUUUUUAUUUUUUUCCUCUGGUAGGGUCCAAAAUAGGUUUACUUUUUGUUUUUAAAAGCUGAAAAUCCUAAAUGAGAGUAUUUUAAACAUGAAAAUUAUUAUGUUCUGGUUUGUGAAUAUGUAAGUAGUGUCAUUUUAUUUCCCCUUCAUCUUUUUUCCUUAUAAAUAGUUUGCUCCCUGUAGAACUGUCAAUAUAUGCAUAUAUAUAUAUAAAUAUAUAUAUUAUAAUAUAUACAUUUCACAAAAAUGUGCUUUAUUAGGAACAGACUCACUUAAUGCUUAGAAAUGGACCUGGCUUUAAAUUCUAUUGUGCAUUACUUUUUCACAAUAUAUGAUCUUAUUCUCUUGCAACUGAAAAUCUUUUACUACUUCAAUCAUUUGUGUAUAUUCAAUAAAUUAUGACCAAAUGUGAUGUUAGAUUGCAUACAGUAAAUUUAAAUAUACACUUGGUACACUA